GCUGACCAAUCACAGAGCGGUGCGCUUUGCGCGCGCGGUGCAGCGACAAGCUCCGAUUGGCUGAAAUGUUUUUUUCUAAAGGGGCGUAUUUUUCAAGCCAUCUUGACUGAAUAUUUAGCCUCAUCCAAGGGACAUUUAUUUGAUUUCUUCGAAAUUUUGCUGUCCCCAAGUAUUUUAUUAUAAUCGUUUCAAAGGUUUAACCAAAGCCAAUGAGACUGGGUCGAGUCUGUGUGUUGAACCGACGUAAGGGCGGAGAAGUGGGGCGCUGAAGAUGCCGCCGUCGCUCCUGAAAUUACCGGCCAGCUAAGCUAAUGGCUAGCAUGUCCGCCUUGGUUGGAGACUGUCACUAGCUGACAUUAAGGCAGUUGCAGUUUUACUUGCUGCCAUGGCACGGCAGAGGACGGCGGUUGGAGAGUGAAGUCCCAUGCGGAAGGUGAAGACGUGGGAAUGCAAGACUGUCCUCAGUAAAGUCAACAUGGGAAGGGGUCGAGGCAGAGGGAGAGGAAGGGGCAGGGGGUCGUCCAGUCAUCUGAGGCCGCCCUCGCCCUACAGACUACAACUCUCUCCAUCCAGGGAGACCUUGACGUACGCUCAGGCUCAGAAAAUAGUUGAAGUGGACUUGGAUGGAAGGCUCCACCGGAUCAACAUCUCAGACCCUCUGCCGGUUAUCACGGAGGAUGAAAUGAUGGCUCAGGACAUUGUUGAAUGCAACAGCAACAAGGAGAACAGCGAGCAGACUCAGAGUAAAAGCAAGUCGUGGCGGAAACCCUCAAACAGCAAAAGCAAGAAGAAUGCUAAAAAUACAUCUGAUCAGAACCGGCGGUCGGGAUUGCAGCAGCACACCGGAUCUAAUUCCUGCCAGCACUCAUCUCACCAAAGCCCUUUGCCUGAGCCCACCUUUCAAGUGCUGAGUUCAGUUUCACUGUCAGAGGCUCCUCCUCUCCCAGCAGCCUACUACCGUUACAUCGAAAAGUCCGUGGAGGAACAGGACAAUGUUGCAGAGUACGACAUGGACGAGGAGGACUUGGCCUGGCUGGAGAUGGUAAAUCAGAAGAGAGUCUCUGAUGGUCACGCGUCCGUAUCACCAAACACUUUUGAACUCCUGAUUGACCGCCUGGAGAGGGAAUCCAUCUUGGAGUCCCGCAGCCAGGCUUUGUCCCAGAAUUCAGUAGAUGAGGAUGCUUUCUGCUGUGUUUGCCUGGAUGAUGAAUGUCUCAACAGUAACGUCAUUCUGUUCUGCGAUAUCUGCAACCUGGCCGUCCACCAGGAGUGCUACGGUGUCCCCUAUGUUCCCGAAGGACAGUGGCUUUGCCGCUGCUGCCUGCAGUCCCCCUCUCGCCCUGUAGACUGUGUACUCUGUCCCAACCGAGGAGGUGCCUUCAAGCAAACCAGUGAUGGACGGUGGGCCCACGUUGUCUGUGCCAUAUGGAUCCCAGAGGUGUGCUUCGCUAACACGGUGUUCUUGGAGCCCAUUGAAGGGGUGAAGAACAUCCCCCCUGCUCGCUGGAAGCUCACGUGCUACCUGUGUAAGCAGAAAGGCAGGGGGGCAUCGAUCCAGUGCCACAAAGCCAACUGCUACAGGGCUUUCCACGUCACCUGCGCCCAGAAGGCGGGGCUGUUCAUGAAGAUCGAUCCGGUUCGAGAAACGGGUGUGAACGGCACCACCUUCUCCGUGAAGAAGACCGCUUUCUGUGAGCACCACUCGCCCGUUGGGACCCGGAGAGACGGGUCUGGAGACGAGUCUGUGGAGGGGAGGCUGGUGGGAGGGAGGGGCAACCGGGGUCAGAGGUCAUACACACAAAGUACCCCCUCCCCGCCAAACAAAAAGACCGUCAAAGGACAGAAGAAGAAGAACACUAAAGGAAGCGGGUCAACACGUCGGUCGUCCGUCCCCGUGCUGCUCGUACCACAGAUCCCCUCUCACAGGUUAAAUAAGAUCUGCACAGGAGUUGAAGUCCAAAGGAAAAACCAGUUCAUGCAGAGGCUUCAUAACUACUGGUUACUAAAACGGCAGUCCCGGAACGGCAUGCCUUUAAUACGCCGACUUCACUCUCACCUGCAGGCGCACAAGACAGCAGAACAGAGGGAGCCUGACGAGAAGCUAAGUGCUGCUAGAGAGGAGCUACGAUACUGGCAGAAGCUGAGGCAAGACCUGGAAAGAGCUCGGCUUCUGGUUGAACUCAUCCGCAAGCGGGAGAGGCUGAAGAGAGAGCAGAUGAAAAUCCAGCAGGCUGUUCUUGAGCUGAAGUUGACUCCUGCACUGACGCUUCUGCGAUACACUUUGGACCAACUAGAAGAAAAAGACACAGCCAAGAUCUUCUCUCAGCCUGUCAAUCUAUCAGAGGUCCCAGAUUACCUGGAAUUCAUAUCCCAACCCAUGGACCUGUCCACCAUGCGCACCAAACUGGAGGGACACGCCUAUUGCUCGGUCGCAGACUUGGAGAAAGACUUCAAUCUCAUGAUUUCUAACUGUCUCAAAUACAACUCCAAGGACACCAUGUUCCACAAAGCAGCUCUACAGCUGCGGGAGGUGGGCGGAGCCAUCCUGCGUCACGCCCACAGGCAGUCUCAGAGCAUUGGGCUGGACCCCAGCACCGGCAUGCACCUGCCAGAGGCACCAAACAAGCAUGGCUUCUACCACUGCACGUGGGACGACGUUGAUACUCUUUUGGAUCCUGACAACAGAGUCCACCUAACCACAGAUGAGCAGCUCAAGGCCUUACUGGAUAAACUGGACAUGGUGGCCUCCAUGCGCACCAGUGGAGGGCGCACCAAACGCAUCAGGCUGCUGCGCAAAGAAAUCAACGCUCUGAGGCAGAAGAUCGGCCAGCAGAACGCUCCCUCCCGGAGCAACGGCGACGACGAAGGAAAAGAAGAGGAAGACGACGAGGAGGUGAAGACAAAGGGAAAGAAAAAAGAAAAAGCAAGCACGAAUGAGGGGCUUCGGAGUAAAGUAUCAAACUCCAGGACAGAUGACAGUCCUCCGGUGCUGGAGCUCAGCUGCCCGGUGUCGUCGCCUCUGCCGGGGGACGCCCCCCUGGAGCCCCCUGUUUUGGGAAUAGUUACCGGAGGGCAGCGGUCGCCGGGGCGUUCCUACAAACGGCAGAGGUCAUCCCGCAGCGGCAGCAGAAGUCAAGGCGAAGACGAGGCCGAAAUAGGAGAGACGCCGUCUUCCCAACCGGAGGCCGUCCAUGAAGUCACACCGCUGGGCAAGCCCCCCUCCGGGCCUCCUGUCGGGGUGGGGCGUCGCACGUCUGUUCUGUUCAAGAAGGCUAAAAACGGUGUGCGGAUGGCAAAAAGUAAGAGCCUCCCUCAGCAGAAUGGGAAAACAUCAGAAGCAAAAGCCACCAGGUUGGACAGCGCCCCCUCCAGUCCAAACGCCUUACCUCCUACCCCAACCGCCCCCCCUUCCUCACACCACCUGAGGUCCAGAGGCCCCAGCUGUGAGAGUGAGCCGGACAAACCCCCUCCACAUCCCAAAGAGGAAGGUAGGGCAGGAUUGACGAAUGGAAAACACAGCGCUGUGGACCAGGACGAGGAGGAUGAGGAGGAGGAAGAGGAUGAGUCAAACUUAAGCGUCUCUCCUCCCAAGCGCAGCAGGGGUAAACCAGCAUUGGCUAAAGUUCCCAGCAAAGAGAACGGAGACAUCUCCGGGUCUGGAAAGUCUACACUUCUGUCUUUAGAUAGUGAAACUGAACUUUCUCCACUGGACUUAGUCUGGGCAAAAUGUAGAGGAUAUCCUUCAUACCCAGCAAUGAUUGUAGAUCCAGACAUGCCUCAGGAAGGACUCCUCCACAACGGCAUCCCCAUCCCAGUGCCUCCUGUGGAAGUGCUCAAACUGGGCGAAAGCAGAGAAACGGAAGAAGGCCAAAAGCUCUUCCUGGUGCUCUUCUUUGAUACUAAACGGACCUGGCAGUGGCUCCCCCGCAGCAAGCUGCUGCCGCUGGGGAGGGACGACACCGUCGACAAGCUCCGCCUCAUGGAAGGGAAGAAACCCAGCGUCCGCAAGUCUGUCCACACUGCAUACGACCGGGCCAUAGUGCAUUUAAACCACGUGAGAGGAAAUCUGAACUUCACUCCCUCCAAUUUUAUAUGAACUUUAUUUUGAAAUGUUUUAAACAGGCCGCCUGGUUUCAUGUAUAGAAGUUAAACGUGGGAUGGCUAAAAAAGAAAUAAAUCUGUUAGGUGGUUUUUGAAGGUGUUUUGCAUAAAAUAAUUGUGCCGAAUUUAUAAGUAGGGGGGGGCUUAAAGACUUUUUCAUAGAUAAAAAAUGUUUAUUUAUUUGUGUCUUUUUUUUCCCAAAACCACUGUUGCUAUGCGUUCAUAUGAGGUUUUUAUUUUUAGGCCAAAGCCAGCUGAGACUUAAGAGAGUUUGAUUCUUUUUCUUCUGGAAAGGGAUUGUUUGGAUUCAAAGUAUAUUCAGAGUGUAUUUGUUGUUGAAAUGUCACUGUGUUUAAGAAGUGUGAAAGUCCCACUUGAAUAGUUACGUCACACCUGGACUCUAUAGAAGUCAAGAGCUUUUUAAAUAAUAAAAAAAAAUUCUUAGCUAAAUUAAUUAUAAAAACAGAUUUAAGAUUUUAUUAGCUGCACUAACUCUGCCUUUAAACUACUUAGUAGAUUUUUCUUAAUUAAAAAUUCAAAUGUUGACUUAAAGUUAACAUUAGACUUUAGAUGAUUAUUUUCGGCCAGAAAAAAAGUCCAAAAACGAAAUUAUAUUCUAUUAUCAUGGCAGUCCAGCUGGGAUGUACCGUCUGUGAGACUUCAGGGAUCUUUGUUGAUUUUUUUUUUUCCACAUUGUGAAACUGCAUUAAGAUACCAGAAUGCUGAGUACAGCCAGGUGGAGGUGAAGCCACUGUAGAGGUGAAGCAGGCUCGUCUGCAGCCUGACAAGAGCUCCUGGAAAAACAUGUUCUACUAGUUUGCAGUUCUGUCGGAAAGACUGUAGAAGCACAAACCAUCUGUAGUAACAACAACAAAUGCAGCCAAACUGGAGACUCCUGACAGGCUAAUGUGGCUCAACACAAAUGUGUCUUUGUGUACAACUUAUACAUACAUGUAUACAAGCUCAGUGUAGUAAAAGUGCAUGUGUAUAGUUUUGUAAAUAUGUACAUUUGUGUUUAUAUUGGCUUACAUGAAGUAAUUUAAGGAAUGCAAAAAUCAAAUAUAGAUUUUAAUUUAUAUUUGUGGCAGUGGAGAGUGUUGAGAAGUUAAAUAUUGAGAUGAUUUAUGUGAGAUGCUACGUUUUUGUAACCGUUAUGGUUUCCAACGCGAUGAUAGAACGCCGUCUCGAAGCGAGACGGCACAAGACCUGAAACCCUGAAGGCAGUGGAGUUUGCACUUACAGGGGGGAGGGAGGGAGGGGUAUUUUUAUUUAUUUAUGUUUUCGUUUGUUGGCACAGGACAGUUUAGAUCUCGUUGUUUGCAGUUGAUCUUUAGUCUGCCCGCGACGAUAUUUUCUCACACAAGAAUAAAUGCGGUUCGAAACAAAAAAA